AUGGAGGUGUCGAUCUCCCCAUUCCCGAACGAUGCGUAUGAGAUAGGAUGGAUCUCCGCACUGCCUAUCGAACUAGCUGCCGCAAGGGGGAUGCUGGACGAAGAGCAUGGCAUCCUGCAGUCGCCUCCACCUUUGCAAGACAGCAACAGCUAUGUUCUGGGACGUUUGCACUCCCACAAGGUCGUCAUCGCAUGCCUACCUAGAGGUGAGGUCGGUGGCAGCUCAGCCGCCGUGUCUGCCAGAGAUAUGCUCGGUAUUUUCCCCAAUAUCCGCGUUGGAUUGAUGGUUGGCAUCGGAGCUGGAAUACCGAGCUGGAAAGGCGACAGUGGGAGUGUCGACGAUGAAAACACGGACCAGGAGGACGAGGGCUUGGCUGAGGGCGAUGUGCGUCUUGGCGAUGUAGUCAUCAGCAGCGACAAAAAGACAGGCGGUCUUGUUGCAUAUGGUUCGGGGAAAAAGCUGCCAGGCGGGUCAUUUGAGGUCGCAUAUCAUCUGAACCAGCCUCCAAGAGUCCUGCGUGUUGCGUUGUCUACUAUGGAAGCCGACCAUGAGCUACGCGAGAAUCGCAUCACCGAGUAUAUGAAGCAGAUGGUCGAAAAACUCCCGCCGGGGACGCGAGAGAAGUGGUUGCAUCCAGGACAGGCCAAGGACAUUCUUUUCCCUGUAAACUACGUGCACCAAGGAGGCAGGUCGUGUAAGAACUGCGAUCGCCGAAAAGCCAUAAGGAGAAUCCCAGCCUUUCGAUCUGGCACUACUCCCGCCAUUCACUAUGGCGUUAUUGCGACAGGCUCCGAGGUCGUCAAGCAUGCACUAACUAGGGAUCUUAUCGGAGCUACACACAACGCCAUCGCUCUGGAGAUGGAGGCCGCAGGGCUCAUGAACAACUUCCCUUGCGUGGUCAUUCGGGGCAUCUCGGAUUAUGCAGAUUCGCACAAAAACGACCAAUGGCAUCGAUUCGCAGCAGCAAGCGCAGCAGCUUGUGCAAAAGAGCUACUCUUGUUCAUCCGCGCAACCGAUUUCUUCCCGUUUGCUGCAAGCGACAUGAGGUUGAUUAUUGAUCAAGUCGAGAGCAGUAUCAAUGAUUUCGGGAACGGAGUGAGAAAUCUUCAUGCGAAACAGCAGCAAGAACGUCUGCGAAAAUGGCUUUCGGCUCCCGACCCAUACAUCAAUCUUGCCAACGCCCUAGAAAAACAUCAUUGUGGCACUUGCUCAUGGUUUCUUGAGGGCGAUAAGUUCAGAGAGUGGAUGCUAGGAACUCGUCGUAUUCUAUGGGUACGGGGACUGCCAGGCUCUGGAAAGACUGUCUUAAGCUCUCAAGUGAUCUCUGCGCUCCUUGCAGACCGGCGCGGCAGAGACUUAUCGCCCAUAUACUUCUUUUUCGAUACGAGGGACCGCGAUAAGUCCUCGCUGGAUGAUCUUCUUCGAUCGCUCAUCUCGCAGUUGUCUUCAAUCUCGAAUAAAGCCAUGGAAAAUCUCAGGACAGUUUUUGCGGAAAAGUAUGUAGAUGGCGAUAAACGGCUGCUCCCUAGGGACCUGAAUGCGAUCUUCCUGGCAAUGCUUCAGAGUACAGACGAGCCCAUUCGACUUGUGAUUGACGCACUGGACGAGUGUAACACACCGGAUGAAGUUCUAACCUGGAUGCGAAAUCUCACUAUGGAGCUCAGAGAUGUUUCUGUUCUGGUCACUAGUCGAGACGAAAGCCGAAUCGAAUCGGCGAUGAGAGACUGGCUCGACGAGGAGAGCCAGUUUGCGUCUCUAGACAGUCAAAUGGUGAACGUUGACAUUGCCACCUACAUACAGGAGACGGUGCAGGGCGACCUCAACUUCAAUCGAUGGAGAAAUGUGCCUGGUUUUCUAAGCUCCAUGCAGGCUGAGAUGAUGAAGAGAGCUAAUGGAAUGUUUCGACUUGUAGCGUGUCAUUUACAAGUCCUUAGAACGUGCGUUGAUAUCGGGCAAAUAGAGGAGGAACUGAAGCGCCUGCCAACCACGCUAGAAGAAAUGUACGACAGGAUACUCCAAAGAAUCGAAAGUCACCACCAUGAGAGGGUAAUACGCAUGUUACAGUUCAUGGUUUACAGCCAAAGGCCGAUGCGGGCCGAAGAACUGGUGGAUGCGGCUGCUGUGGACCUUCUGAGGCACCCUCCGUUUGAAAUAGAUCGCAGGAUGCCGGAUACCCAGGGUGUUCUCGACAUUUGCCCGAGUCUUCUUACGCGAGCAUCUGGGCUGAGCAAAGACACUGACGACACUUCUACGGAUCUCAUUGAACUAGCUCACGCGACGGUGAAGGAAUACUUGCUCUCGCUCACACCGUCGAACAUGUUCUACGACGUGGCGAAUUCGACGCUGGCACACGGGGUUAUCGCCACUGUAUGUGUGGCGUAUCUCUCCCACAUCAAGGAAGGUCAAUCGCCGGAAGCUAUUCAGAAGCAAUUCCCAUUAGCGCAAUUUUCCUCCAGAUACUGGCUCGAGCAUGCUGAGGCCUCAGAAACUCUCCCUGAAGUAAGGAAGGCGUCUAUCACAUUUUUGACCCGGGACAAGACGAGACGGAUAUGGAGUCUGCUCUAUAACCCCGAUCGUCCUUGGCUUAAUACUACUCCCGAGUCUUACACGCUGGGAUCUCCAAUUUAUUAUGCUGCUCUGGCUGGGCUCACUAAUACUGUGGCGACGUUGCUUGAACACGGAGCAGAGCUACCAUCGCCGGGCGGAGACUACCACAAUGCGCUCCAAGCCGCCUCCAUUGGGGGCCAUGAGGAGAUUGUCCGACUACUAAUAAAUCACCGUGGAAUAAAUGUUAAUGCCAUGGGUGGCCUUUUAGGGAAUGCCCUGCAGGCGGCUGCAACAAAUGGCAAUGUCAAGGCGUUGUCUCUGUUGCUAUCGCGUGGUGCGGAUGUCGGCGCCGAGUGUGGGAAGUAUGGCAACGCACUUCAGGCAGCUUCGGCUCGAGGUAACCAUGAAGUUAUUCGCCUACUACUCGCCAAUGGGGCUCGGGUUAAUACACAGGGAGGGAAGUACUCCAACGCGCUCUACGCAGCCUGUUAUCGUGGCUAUGAGGAAAACGUCCGAAUUCUUCUCAGUCACGGGGCAGAUUGUAAUGUAGAGACUGAACAGCACAUUACACCGCUCCAAGCCGCCGUGGGAGAUAACCAUAUCGGGAUAGCUAAGCUACUGCUGGAAAAGGGGGCAAAAGUCAACCAUAUUAGUGGCCUAUAUGGAACUGCUCUUCAGCUAGCUGCCGUCCGUGGUCACGCUCGCAUGAUAAGAUUGCUGGCUGAGCAUGGGGCGGACAUCAAUGCACAGGGCGGUUGGUUCGGGAAUGCCCUCCAGGCAGCCUCUGCUCGAGGCGACGGAUCAAUCAUACAGUUUCUGCUAGAGAGAGGCGGAGAUCUCAAUUCGCGAGGGGGAUACUAUAGGAGCGCACUACAGGCUGCCGCUGCACGGGGACAUAUCGGUAUCGUCACAAAACUGCUGGAGGCUGGCGCCCAUGAUGAUCCGGGCGUCGAUGAAGACAAUGACUACGGAGGCGUUGAGCUCGCACAGGAAGCAUUUGAAUGCGAGAUACCAAGCGAUGAAGCUUCUUGGAAUUCUGCAAGCCAAUCUCUGGCUCGAUCAGUUAUUUCGCAAUCCAGUAUUGCGAAAGCUCAACAGCGGCUUCUCCAAGGUGUGGACCAGACACUUGAGGAGGGGAUUUUCAUUCGAGACAAAAACUUCAUGACACAGCUCCUCGGCGAGCGGCCACGGCAAACGGUAUAUACUAGGAGACACGAGGCAUUGUUCAUUUCGCCCCAUAAAAUCGUCGAGGAGCUGGAGUGGGAGCUCAUGAGACAGAAAUUUCAGCGGACUCUGCACCAAAGACUGCAUGCCACCGCGCUUCAGGCUGCCUCUGCCAGCGGGCAUAGCGAAAUAGCCAAACUCUUGCUGGAUACUGGUUCUGAUCCUAAUGCGACUGGGGGAACUUAUCACAACGCUCUUCAAGCUGCAGCGGCCCAGGGACAUUUGCUGGUUGUCAAGCUCCUGCUUCAAGCAGGAGCAGACCCGGAUAUUCGUGGGGGGUUCUACGGAACUGCCAUCAUGGCUGCUGCUGCACACGGUUAUCAUCAGCUAGUGCGUCAUUUGUUAAAGGACGUGGCGGAGCAGAGCCUAUCCAAAGGCGUGUUCUUUGCGUGUCUUCUCACCGCGGCGGCUAGAGGACAUGACCUGGUCGUCGAAACGAUCCUCGAAAAAACCUUUUGCGUCGACAUAAGAGAGUUCUCGUACCAGCAAGCGCUGCAUUUUGCAGCCGCCAGAGGUCAUUGCAAAGUGUUGAAAGUGUUGUUAAUGCGAGCCAAGGAUGCAGACAUUAAAGGGCGAUGGUAUACCGCUGCACUGUUUGCUGCAGCAGAGAAGCAGCAGCUUCAAACUACACGCAUCCUGCUCCAGGCUGGCGCUGACGUUAACGAAAGUCUUGUGAGGGCGAGAACUUCGGAAACACACAGUAAUGGCAGAGUAUAUGGUAGUGUGCUUGAAGCAGCGGUACUUGGAGGCAGUAUCGAGAUAACAAAGCUGCUGCUUGAGGCCGGCGCAGAUCCCAACCCCAACACUCUACUGCUGGGCACAACGCUGCAUAUUGCGGCCGAGAUGGGCCAGGUUGAUACAAUGCGUCUAUUGAUAUCCCAUGGGGCCGAUUGGGAGACAGACCCUCGAAAUUGGAGAGAGAUGCUGAAUCUAGCUUCUGCCAUGAAUCAUCUCGACGUUGUUCGCCUUCUCUUCGAUUUAAAGGGCAGUAGCGUGAGCAGCCAAGACAUCGAUGAUGGACUGCGAGCAGCGAUCAGUUCCAGCGGUCAAGUACGAGAGUGUGAUUUCGAGUGGCCCAACAGGCCAAGCCUUGAGCGACCAAAUGGCUGCCCCGAGGUUAUCGAGUUUCUCCUUUCAAAAGGAGUGGACGCGGAUCGCCAAAAAGCCCUUCAACUCGCCGUGGACAGGCGUGACCUAGAUAUGAUACGCAUGUUGCUAAGUCAUGGUGCCAAAAUGGAAGCCAUCGUUUGGUCAGAUGAUUCCAUCUACUGUAUCACCCAGGCACAGGGCACUGCGAAUAGGCGGUUGGCCAAUAUGCUACUUGAAGCAAGCGUUGAACGUGACAUAGAUGAGAAAUUGAGGGGUCAUAUACUCGAAGUAGCCGCCAGUACUGGCCACACGCGGGUCGUGACUAAACUGAUUGAGCAAGGACGAUUGAACGACGAUGCUAGCACUCAUGUACACCAGCUAGGCCGCGGACUCCAUGCUGCCAUCAGAAAUGGCCAAAGAGAGGCCGCUGAAAUGCUGAUUGCCCAUGGAGCUGAGGUGAACCUAAAGCUCUCUGGGGGUGAAGGGCCUUUAUCGGUGGCUUUUCAGGCAGGUUGCAAGCGGAUGGUCACGCUUCUUUUGGAUGCUGGGGCUGCUCUACACUUCCCAUACGGUCGUCGUCCACUCCAAGCCGCAGCCGAGUGGGGGAAUGUUCAUAUCCUACGGCUAGUUUUGGACCAAGGCUGCGGAAACGACGUCCAAGACGCACUGAACAACAUCGGAAGUUCCGAGAAGGCAGAGAAGAUGGAGAUAUUACUAGACUGGGCAAGAGAUCGGGGGAUUGAAUUAUGCCUUGAUGAAGCUCUAGUGCAAACCUGCCUUAGAUGCGACGAAGUGUUAGCCGGGGUUUUAUUGCAUAAGGGUGCCAACCCCAAUGCCGUGGACAUGGUGAGGAUAUUGCUUUCUUCGGCCUUUGACUUCGCCAAGAUGGCUAACUGGAUUGGCUAUAUUACCAAAGACCUUUUGUCCGAUGAUAAUGCAGGCUUAGCAAAGUUGCUAAUUGCGAAGACGACUUCCCGCAUUGAAGUAGACCCAGAGGUGAGGAGCCACUUGCUUCAAGAAGCCUCCUCUCAUGGAUCAGAGCGGAUUGUGCGACUUCUUCUUCCAUUGCCCAAUGACGACUCUAAGCUUCCUAUAAAGGGUCUCAAUCUCGCUCUCAAAGCCGCGGUCACCUCGGGCCACUCUACAAUCGUUAAGCUCCUCCUCGGACAAGAAGGGUUAGACAUUUACUCGGUUGAUCCGGGACCAGGAAAAAAUAUCCUCUGGGAGGCGGCUAACCAAGGCAAUCCUGAGGUUGUCAGCCAACUCCUACGUACUAAUAUCCACCUUUCCGAUCACACUAUUUGGGGAAAUGCUCUACUGGCGGCCGUCUCAAAAGGUCACAAGCUCGCACUAGGCGUGCUGCGACAGGCAGGGGCCAAGCUCGGUGGCAGCGGUGAUUGCGAUGAGUCCCGGGAGGUCUCCGAGUUCAUCAAGGCUGCCCUCAAAACUGCCUGUGCUAACGGCUAUGUGCAAAUAGCAACUGAACUAAUCAAGACUGGGGACAUUGAGGAUCUGAAAACAGUCCUGCGCGAAGGACUUUAUCAUGCUGCUCGAAGUGGGCAUGAACUCAUGGUCAAGUUUCUCUUGCAACGACCAGAGGUUGUAGAACAGACGCCUGAGAGGCUCUCCCGUGCUCUUCUAGCCGCCGUAGAACAUGGAAGCACUCGAAUUGCAAGGCUCUUGAUAAACCAGGGCGCCGAUGUUAACUAUCAGAGCUACGAGGACGGCUGUGCUUUGAUGAUUUCUGCGCAAGGUUACUUUCGAGGUCUCAAAAUGGCAAAAUGGCUCCUUGACCAAGGCGCAUGUCUCGAUCAAAAAGACAAGCGCACUGGACAAACCCCAGUGGAGUGCGCUGUACAGAAGAACUACCCAGAUAUAGUGCGACUGAUGCUCAGAUACGCGACUGAGGUUCACAUUGACCAGUUCGGAGAAGCGCUUAAAGCAGCCGUGGCACUCGGCCCGGAACACACAAUGAUACUAGGAUUGCUCUUAACUGCCGGCGUCGAUCCUAAUGCGUAUAAUAAAAUGUAUGGGGACGCCCUCCAGGCUGCUUCUGCGCAUUGCAACAUCGCGGCGGUCAAGAUGUUGCUUGAGCAUGGAGCAAAUGCUAAUCUUAGAGGCGGCGUUUAUGGCAAUGCUCUUCAGGCCGCUGCAUUUGGCUAUCCCUCGCCUAAAAGCGUGCGUUCGCCGGGCCCAUCGACGGAUCAGGAGGAGUUGGUCAGUCUCCUGCUUGAGAGAGGCGCUGAUACGAAUGCCACUGGCGGGUGUUUUGGUACAGCACUGCAAGCAGCGUCAUUCGCGGGUAGAGACAAUGUGGUUCUAAAAUUACUCGAUGCCGGGGCUCGAGUUAAUUCUCGGACUGAUGGACCAGUUAGUACAGUCACAGCAGCGCCAAUAAUUGCGGAUGGUACGCCUCCUCUACAGCUGCGGCGAUUUAUAGAGAAUGGAGAUCUCGGAGGGCAAGCCACGCAUUUCACCGCACUGUCAGUCGCUUUGAUGAUGGAAUCCCAAGACAUAGCCAAGAUACUUGUGGAAGAGGGUGCCGGAAGUAAGACGCAACUUGGAGUGGUUAAGACCAUGAGUGGCGCUUCUCAUCAAGUUACCCGGUCCAACAUUCACAAUGACUCUUUGAUAACCAGUCGAGAAAAUAAGACUCUACCGAAUGAUUCAGGGCAAUUGUUCAAGACCGAGCCUUCCACCCCCCAGACGUUUCAGGAUCUACUGCAAGAAUUGCUCGAUGACGGUAUCGACAUCAACACACCGAAUGGACGAUUUGGCAAUAGCCUACAGGCUGCGAUAAGCAGUGGACAUGAGAAUGUUGCUCAACUCCUGAUUGCUCGAGAUGCAGACGUGAAUGCUCAAGGUGCAUAUAGAAACGGGCUCCAAGCUGCCAUUUGCUGCGGUAGCAGCGACGAUCUGGUCCACGCACUGCUUCGCCAAGGCGCUGAAGUCAAUGUCAGAGGCGGGCAGUACGGGCACGCCCUUCAGGAGGCUGCAGCUAAUGGGAAUGCUUCUGUCGUCGAGCUUCUUCUGAGCUAUGGUGCGCAGGUGAAUGCAGAAGGAGGCGAGUAUGGGAAUGCUCUUCUGGCUGCAGUUAUGACGGGGCACAAGGAAGUGGUGAGAUUAUUGGUUAAUGCAGGGGCUGAUAUAAACGCACGCAUCGUCGUUUGA